AUGGGCGAGACAAAUAAUUUAGGUGUUUGGUACGGUGUUUUAUGGGUGCGUGUAGUACGCAGUGCAUUUGAAGAUAUUUUAGAUAAAUUUGAUUUAAUACGUAGGAAUCGUUAUGAAAGGAUGGCAUUGAGAUUUAACACAAAGAAAUACGUUUGUAAAGGAUGUUUCAAACUUGUUCUACUUCGGAUAUCGUUGAAUUGCCACGGUUGCAGCAGUGAAAUAACUCAUAGAACAAAGCCGAUCGAUUAUAUUGGCUUUACGGCACCUUUCAUACAAGACCUGUAUUACACCUUUAUCUGUUGCACUGUUUUGUUUGCGUGA